UGUGGUGUGGACAUUCAUUCUCAGGGAGUGAGGUCCGUUUGGCUUGUGCAAGAUUAGUCUCUAGUGACGCGAGGGACUGGCUUCGUGAUGCGGAUACGUGCGCGUGCAUUUUGUCGGCGUUGAGGGAGUUCAGUUCGGAAUUUCGUUCGUGUGCAUCUGUUAAGAGGCUGGGACAGGACUAAAACAAUGCAAAUCCUUAGGCCUUACGAGAGAGUGUUAUUUAUGUGAAUCAGAGUUCAGUAUAGUGUGCCACUUUCACUUAGUUAAGAUUCUCUAGGCCUCUACGCCUACAGUUUAUCAGAAUCGUCGUAUGCUUUCUAUUCCAUAUUCUUGUAGCUUUGAUAGCAUUUGGAAGUUUAUGCAGUAGUAGUUUGACAAGGGGGAGAGUGUAGCUACGUAUGCCUCGACUACCUGUGAAGUUUACUUGAUAUAAGUCUAUUCAAGCCAAGGCAUGAUGAUGCUGCAUUACAAUACUUGUUUUGUAGUGGAAAUGAUCAGCAUAUGUCAGGCAGUAGGCUAAAUCACUGUGGGUCGGUUCUUUUCAAUGCUGUUGGGACCAACUAUAUCAUAUCUGUUGAAUUACUGGAGAAAAUUGGGGAUUCUUUGGUCAAAUGGGGUCUAGAAUCAAACACAGAUUCUUGAGGUUCAAAUUCUAAAAAAGUCGCAGGGUUGUAGUCAACCUUUCCCUAGAUGAUUCUAGGGAUGAUGGGCGCUGUCCUCUUUCCCGAAAUCCAGCCCGACAAGCGUCGAUUUGAACCACAUUGGGCUUCUACGGCUAUUGUUUUGUGGUUGGUUCGUGGAGAUUUUGCGUCACUUAGCAAAUACCCUAAUCUCGACUUUCUCAUGGUAGGGUGAUGUUUAUUGAGACAGAGAACAUCCACAAUCGUCGUGGAAGAAUAUUACUUCCUGAAAGUUCGUGCUUUUAUACUCAAGUGAAGUGCCUGCCCACUUCUGGUUAUCUUGAGGCAGUGACUGGAUGGGAUUGACAGGAGGUAGGGCUGAAUGGGUAACACAUGCAUUGGAGCAGCUGGAUACUUCCAAGGCUUCUCUGCUGCUAUUGCGCUGGGAGGCCGAAGCUUUACAUCGAAUAGCGAAAUAUCGCCCUCUGCGAAGGCAGAUGGCGAUAGACACAAAGCCGGAGGGGACUCUACUGCGACUCAACAAAAGGCACCCCGCCAAAACUACAUCCCUUCUGUAGAAGCUACUGAUCAGCAGGAGUUCAGGGAUGUGAUUGAAGCUAUGAGAAAAGGUAGAGAGAUUGAGCCUGUUCCCGGUCAGAGCUUAACUCACUCUGUUCUGCAACGAAAAACUGAGAAUUUGAGAGACUUGUAUACUUUGGGUAAGAAACUGGGACAAGGCCAAUUUGGCACCACUUACCUGUGCAUUGAGAAGGCUACCAGUAAGGAGUACGCAUGCAAGUCUAUUGCUAAAAGGAAGCUCAUCUCAAAAGAAGAUGUGGAAGAUGUUCGUCGUGAGCUGCAAAUUAUGCAUCAUCUUUCAGGGCAUCCAAACAUUGUCAUGAUUAAAGGGGCAUAUGAAGAUCCUGCUUCAGUUCAUUUAGUGAUGGAGCUUUGUGCAGGUGGUGAGCUCUUUGACCGCAUCAUUCAGAGAGGCCAUUACUCUGAAGCCAAAGCCGCGAUUCUCAUUCGUACCAUAGUGGGUGUGGUCGAGACUUGCCAUUCUCUGGGGGUGAUGCACAGGGAUUUGAAGCCGGAAAACUUCCUGUUUUCUAGCACAAAGGAGGAUGCUGCUUUGAAAACGACUGAUUUUGGAUUGUCUGUGUUUUUCAAGCCGGGGGAAAUUUUUAGGGACGUGGUUGGUAGUCCUUACUAUGUUGCACCUGAGGUAUUGAGGAAAAACUAUGGUCCUGAAGCUGAUGUCUGGAGCGCCGGAGUGAUUCUAUACAUCCUCCUCUGUGGGGUUCCCCCUUUUUGGGCAGAGACUGAGCAGGGAAUUUUUGAACAGGUACUAAAAUCAGAACUCGACUUUGCCACAGAUCCAUGGCCUAAAAUUUCGGAUAGUGCCAAGGACCUGAUUCGCAAAAUGCUCAACCCUGAGGCUUCUAAGAGGAUGAAAGCUCAUCAUGUUUUGUGCCAUCCUUGGAUCUGUGAAGAUGGAGUGGCGCCAGACAGGCCAAUCGAUUCAGCAGUACAGUCUCGGCUCAAACAUUUCUCUGCAAUGAACAAGUUGAAGAAAAUCGCCAUCAGGGUAAUUGCUGAAUCGUUGUCAGAGGAAGAAAUCGCAGGUUUGAAAGAGAUGUUCAAGAUGAUGGACGCUGACAACUCGGGAUCAAUCAGCUAUGAAGAAUUGAAAGAAGGUCUCAAGAAAGUGGGUUCCAUCCUCAAAGAAGAAGAUAUGCGGCAACUAAUGGAUGCUGCUGAUGUUGACGGGAAUGGAACCAUUGACUACGGAGAGUUUCUUGCCGCCACUCUUCACUUAAAUAAAAUUGAACGUGAUGAGAACAUGCUUGCCGCUUUCUCAUAUCUGGAUAAGGACAAAAGUGGAUAUCUGACGGUUGAUGAGGUACAACAUGCCUUAGCUGAGUUCAGAAUGGGAGAUCUAUCUGUGGAUGAACUACUUCGUGAAGUGGAUCAAAACAAUGAUGGUCGAAUUGACUACGCUGAGUUUGUUGCGAUGAUGCGCAAGGGAAACACUGGUGGCGCUGGUCGAUCGUCGUUACGGAACAGCCAGAGCUUAAGCUUAAAUGACGUUUUGAUGGUUGGUUAACCUCGCAUCAAUAGAAAAGUUGACUUGUUACGACUUUAGCGCUUGAGAGUGGCUGUAACAAUCUUAGAAUGCCAGUCGUUUUUGUAGGGGCAAGCAGCUAUCCUUAAGGAAAUAUUGGCCUAGCUUGUAAUGUUGCUUCACAGUAUCUUGAGGUUAAGUUCCCAAAAGUUACUCCUUUCAAUGUGCUUGGUAUGGAAAACCGAUUGCUGGAGAUAUACAAGCUGUUGAUAUUUAUGCGUCA